AUGGAGGCCGAUAACACGGCCCGCGAUGACCUUGCCUCCGGAAGCGAACGCGGCCGUGUACUAGUGGACGUACCAGCAUCUCUUGAUAUCGACAGGAUUGACCGCCAAGGGACUGUACCGAACCGAGAGGCAAAUGCUGAGCACUCCCCCCCUCUCAGAAAGCCCGUCAAGCUUAGCCGAGAAGAAUAUACGGUGGGCUGGAUCUGUGCCAUCACGGUCGAGCUUGUUGCCGCAGAGGCAUUUCUUGACGAGACGCAUGCGAACCUAGAAUAUAGAGAUAAGAAUGACGAUAAUAUUUAUCUCCUAGGCAAAUUCGGAGAGCACAAUACUGUCAUCGCUACAUUGCCGGAGGGGGAGUACGGCACAAACUCUGCAGCACGGGUCGCUAGUGACAUGGUUCGCAGCUUUCCCAAUAUAAGAUUUGGACUUAUGGUUGGGGUGGGAGGCGGUGCACCGAGUAAACAACAUGAUAUACGACUUGGUGAUAUUGUGGUCAGUUCUCCUCGUGAUGGCUAUCCUGGAGUGUUCCAAUAUGACUUUGGUAAAUCAGUCCAAGACGAGGUUUUCCAUGCAACCGGGUUUCUAAAUGCGCCCCCAAGAUUGUUGCGCGCCGCGGUGACCGCCCUUAAGGCGCAAUACGACAAAGAUGAUUCUCAACUACGGAAUAUAAUUGAUACCGUCCUUCGAACUCACCCAGAAUUAUGGAAAGGGGGACAUAAAAGGCCAGAAACAACCAGUGAUAUACUUUACCGUCCAGAUUUUGUGCAUCGUUCAAAUGACGGUGGCGACUGCAAAGACUGCUGUGGACUUGAGUCCAAAGUUCUUAUGCCAAGACAGACGAGGCCUUUCAACGACAGACCGGUUAUCCACUAUGGCAUGAUUGCCUCUGGAAAUAGUCUGAUAAAGGACGCCAAACUUCGGGACAAACUCGGAACAGAGAAGAAAAUUCUGUGUUUCGAGAUGGAAGCCGCUGGAUUGAUGAAUGGAUUCAAUUGCUUGGUCAUCCGGGGUAUCUGUGAUUACUCGGACAGUCACAAAAAUAAUAUAUGGCAACCCUAUGCGGCUGUGGCGGCUGCUGCGUACAGUAAAGAUCUGUUGCUUCGAAUACCUCCAGAGGAAAUCCGAACUGUGCAAAAGGCCAAUGAACUUUUUUCGGAAAUCCAAAAUUGCCACCAAAUCUUCCGCUUGAAAACGCGUGAUAAGGAUUCCACCUACGAGUGGUACAAAGGCAGAAUAGAAAAACGAGUCGAAGGAACUUGUUCUUGGUUUCUUCACCAUACCAGCUUCAAGAACUGGCAGCAGGAGGAAUCCGGCCCUCUCCUAGUGUCUGCAGACCCUGGCUGUGGGAAAUCUGUGCUGACGAAGUAUCUUGUUGACGAGGUCUUACCAGGAUCAGCAACUAUCUGCUAUUUUUUCUUCAAGGACCAAGACCAAAAUACCAUCCGACAAGCGCUUUGUGCUCUCCUCCACCAACUCUUUACGUGGAACCCGGCUUUGAUUGAACAUGCCCUAGAGCUCUUCCGACGUAACGGCGAGGGCCUAGUAAACAACAAGGCAUCGUUGUGGCAUAUCUUGCAAGCUGCUGUCGAAGAUCCCAGAGCAGGGCCAAUCGUACUUGUUUUUGAUGCUCUUGACGAGUGCAUUGAGUCAGAAUUUGCAGAGCUAAUGGAAAUGAUAAUAAAGCAAUUAUGUGGCGUGAAAAAACCCCAAAGCAAGUUGAAAUAUCUGCUCACAAGCCGCCCUUAUGAGCAGAUAGUGGCUGAAUUCCGCCCCCUCCUAGACCAGUUUCCCUUCAUCCAUAUUCCUGGAGAAGACGAGUCCGAAGCGAUUAGUAAGGAGGUGGACCUUGUAAUUUCGCAUCAAGUUGAUCAACUGUCGAAAGUGAAGAAACUGUCACUUGAUAUUAAAACAACAUUGGAGCGGAAAUUUCAGGAGAUUCCCCACCGAACAUAUCUAUGGGUGCAUCUUGUAUGUGAUGUUCUAAGGAGGGAGACGAUAAAAAGGACACCGAAUGCCUACAGAAAUAUCAUUUCUAAACUUCCUCAAAACGUCAAUGAGGCGUAUGAGCAAAUUCUCAACAGAUCCGAGAACCCCAGCAUGGCUCGGAAAGCUCUAGCUAUUAUAUUGGCUGCAAACCGGCCAUUGACGGUCUCAGAAAUGAACUCCGCCAUGAAUAUAGACAACGAAUCGACAUCCUUUAUCAGCCUUGACUUGGAGGCUGACGAGGAUUUCAGAUCAACUUUCAGAAGCUGGUGUGGCCUGUUUGUGUCGAUCCACCACGACAAGAUAUACUUCCUCCAUCAAACGGCACGCGAGUUUCUGGUGAAAACACCAUCCCGAGAUCCUUUAUCAACAAUGAAAUGGCAUCGAUCUAUCUCUUACGAAGACGCACAUGGUGUUCUAGCGGAGCUCUGUGUACGCUACUUGAGCUUUUUCAACUGCAUGGUAGAUGUGAGGCAGCAAGGCGCCCACGUCCGGCAUUCCCUAGCUUACGCGGCCCAGUUCUGGGCUGACCACUUUCGCAAAGCAGAACAUGUUUUUGACACUGAAUUCUUGCCCUUAGUGCUAGGGAUUUGUCACCCGGGCAGCAAUGCCUAUCAGAAAUGGGUCAAGAACUUCCUUAAAGACGACUUUCCAUCAGGACCGAAUGCUACAAAACUUAUGAUAGCAUCACACUUAGGACACUGGACAGUUGCUAGGUUCUUGAUCAACAAAGGCGUUGGUGUUGAGUUCAAGGAUGACAAAUAUGGCCGGACGGCACUCUCAUUGGCAGUAGAGAGAGGCCAUAAGGCUGUCGCUAGGCUUUUGAUUGAUAAAGGUGCUUAUCUUGACUCACAGGAUAAAAAUGGCCAGACCCCGCUCUCACUAGCAGCAGAGAGAGGCCACGACACUGUUGUCAAGCUUUUGGUUGAUAGAGGUGCUGAUCUUGAGUUAAAGAGUGCUAACAGCCUGACGCCGCUCUCAUGGGCGGCGCAUAGUGGCUACAAGACUAUUGUUGAGCUACUGAUUGAUAAAGGUGCUAACCUUGAGUCACAGGAUAACAAUGGCCAGACACCACUUUCACUAGCAGCAGAGAGAGGCUAUGAGUUUAUUGUUAAGCUUUUGAUUGAUAGAGGGGCUGAACUUGAGUCAAAGGAUGAUGAAUGUGGCCGGACCCCGCUCUCAUGGGCGGUGUGUAGAGGCCACAAGGCUAUUUUUAAGCUUUUAAUUGACAGAGGUGCUGAUGUUGACCUUGAAUCAAAGGACACUAUAUGGGGUCAGACACCGCUUUCACUCGCAGCAGAGAGAGGUCAUGAGUUUAUUGUUAGGCUUUUGAUUGAUAAAGGUGCUGAACUUGAGUCAAAAGAUGAUGAAUGGGGCCGGACGCCGCUCUUAUGGGCAGCAGAGAGAGGCCAUGAGGCGGUCGCUAGGCUUUUGAUCGAUAAAGGUGCUGACCUAGAGUCAAGGGAUGAUAAAUGGGGCCAAACGCCGCUCUCAUGGGCGGCAUAUACAGGCCACAAGGCUGUUACCAGGCUUUUGAUUGAUAAAGGUGCUAACCUUGAGUCAAAGGAUGAUAGAUGGGAUCAGACGCCGCUCUCAUGGGCAGUACGCAGAGGUCACGAGGCUGUUAUCGAGCUUUUGAUUGAUGAUGGUGCUGACCUUGAGUCAAAGGAUGAUAAGCGGGGUCAGACGCCGCUAUUAUGGGCAGUACGCAGAGGCCAUACGGCUAUUGUCAAGCUUUUAACUGAUAAAGGAGCUGACAUUGAGGCCAAUGAUCGAUCCGGUCGGACGCCACUAUGGCUGGCGGCAAGUCAUGGCCAUAAAGCUACUGUCGCGCAAUUGCUCGAGAAGCGUUGCACUGUGGAUGUGAAAGAUGAAAAUGGGAUAACACCAUUGGCAGAGGCUAGAAUAAAAGGCUAUUGGGACAUCGUGGAGUUGCUCCUCAAAGCAGAUGCUGGGACUAAUGAUGGGGGAAGCUCGCGCUAG